AUGAAGUUUCUUUCGUUGGUCUUCGGCCUGAUCGCCGUUGCUGCGGCUACACCCACACCUACCAUUGAGGAUACCCCUGUCAACAUUGAAAAGCGAGCUACCAUCUCCGAGGCUGCUAACCUUGGUUACGCAACUCAAAAUGGAGGUACCAAAGGAGGUGCUGGAGGAACAGUGACAACUGUAUCCACGCUGGCUCAGUUUACCGCCGCUGUCGAUGAAAAGGACACGACCGCCCGCAUCGUUGUUGUCAAGGGUGUUAUCUCCGGUAACACCAAGGUUCGAAUUGGCAGUAACAAGUCUGUUAUUGGACUUGCCGGAGCCGGCUUCAACAAUGUGGGUCUCUACGUCCGCCGACAGAGCAAUGUCAUUAUCCGCAACCUCAAGAUAUCCUACGUGGUUGCCGCUAACGGGGAUGCUAUCACCAUUGAUGCAAGCACCAAUGUCUGGGUUGACCACAAUGAGCUCUACUCAGCUCUUGUAGACGACAAGGACUACUAUGACGGGCUUCUUGAUGUCACUCAUGGAUCGGAUUACGUGACUCUCUCCAACAACUAUCUUCAUGACCACCAUAAGACUUCUCUUGCUGGCCACAGUGAUAGCAACGCGAGUGAGGAUAAGGGUCACCUCCGCAUCACAUAUGCCAACAACUACUGGAAGAAUGUUGGAUCUCGAACGCCACUCUUCCGUUUCGGAACAGGCCACAUCUACAACAACUACUACGACACUGUGUCCGUUUCCGGAGUCAACUCCCGAAUGGGCGCUCAAGUCCUUCUUCAGAGCUCUGUCUUCAAGAACUCUCCAGUUGCUGUUACCAGCCGUGACUCAGACGAGAAAGGCGCUGUGGCCCUCUACGAUGUCAACCUCGGUGGUGGUCUCAAUGACGCUCCCGCCGGAACCCUGACUCCCGGUUCUAUCCCCUACAGCUAUUCUCUCCUUGGAUCUGGCAGCGUUGCCUCCACUAUCCCAGGACAGGCUGGCGCAAUCCUUGGAUUCUAA